AUGGAGGCCGCAUGGAACUACACCGCCAACAUAACUGAAGCACUUGUAAACAUCACCAACACCGUGUGUAUGCCCCUCACUAAAAUGCCAAUCACACUGGCUCACGGGAUCAUUCGCUCGGUCGUGCUGAUCAUCUUUAUGAUCGUCUCACUGGUAGGCAACCUAGUGCUGGUCGUUGUGCUGCAGCGCAAGCCACAGAUUUCUCAAACCACCAAUCAGUUCAUCUUUAACCUGCUUGUCACUGACCUGCUCCAGAGCGCACUGGUGGGCCCCUGGGUGAUAACCACCUCCCUGCCCUACUUCUGGCCAAUCAAUAUCCACUUCUGCACCGCCCUGGUUAGCCUCGCCCACCUGUUUGCCUUUGCCAGUGUCAACAGCAUCAUUGUGGUGUCAAUUGAUCGCUACAUGACCAUUAUGUAUCCUCUGACCUACCCCAACAUGCUGACCAAUCGCCGGGGCCAGAAGCUCCUCUACGGCACCUGGAUUGUGGGCCUCUUCCAGAGCACACCUCCACUCUGCGGCUUGGGUCAGGCUGCCUUUGAUGAUCGCAAUGCUAUCUGUUUCCUGUUCUGGGAGGCCAGUCCGAGCUACACCUUUGUCAGUGUCAUGUUCUUCUUUGUCAUUCCCCUGGCUGUCAUGAUUUUCUGCUACACAGGGGUGUAUGGUGUCGCCCGCCGCCAGCAUGCUCUGAUGCAUGUCAGAGUUCGCCGACUGGAUGUGGGAACCAAGGUAGAGGAGGAGGAGAAGAAAGAAGAUGAAUUCCACGACGAGAACGAGGUAGAGCACCAGGAUGCAGGUGAGGUCGAGGCCGAUGAGAUCAUCGAGGCAGCCGGGGGUGCCAGCAUGGGGGACAAGAAUGAGAACAUUGUCGCAGAGAAGGCAGAGGAGGCAGAGGAGGUGGAGGAGGUGGAGGAGGCGGAGGAGGCGGAGGAGGUGGAAGACAGCAAUGCCAACAUCGAGGGUACAGAAGAUGGUGUGGAGAGUGAGAGCUUCUCCACAACAGCCCACAAGGGCAGCAGCGAAGAAGACCAUUGCAACAUGUACUUGGGUGAAGAUGAUACGGAGUGUGGAGAUGACGAAGUGAUCUCAAUCGAGGCAGUGAAGACCCCGGAGAAUAUCCAGUGUGUCCAAGAUAGCAAUGAGCCUCCUGUUCCCAAGUCCUGCCACUGCAAAGCUCUGAAAGUCAUCUUCAUGAUCAUUUUCUCCUACGUGCUGUGCGUGGGGCCCUACUGCUUUCUAGCGGUCCUGGCUGUGUGGGUGGAUGUCCAAACCAAGGUUCCUCAGUGGGUGAUCACCAUAAUAAUCUGGCUUUUCUUCCUCCAGUGCUGCAUCCACCCCUACAUCUAUGGCUACAUGCACAAGCCCAUCCGGAAGGAGAUCCACAAUUUGCUGAGGGAGUACUUCCCCGAGAAAAGCCACGCCUUCAAAGGUAACCACCCAAAUCUGCCUGCCAAAGGGGGUAGAACCACCGGCAAGGUGGACCCUUCUGAAGAGAACACCACUGCUAUUUAA